GAAGAGGGAAUGGCUACUACAACCCAGCUCUCCAUCCCCACCAGAAAGCCGAACAUCUGAGCGUCCCUGGAAGCAGCUCGGCGGGCGCAGUCAUUAUUGCGCCAGUCUGACACCCGCCAGCGAUCUUCCUCGUCGCGUUCGUGCCGACUUGUCCGGAUCUUGUUCCGCACUUCUUGGUCCCAACGCGGUACCAACGCGACCAACAACAACAUCGCGCGCGUGUGCGAGAGGAGAACGGCCUCGUGGUCAACUUCGCGAGCGCGCUGACUUCCAUCCUGUGUCGCGGUAUACGCCGGCGUGUAUACGAUGAGACUCUUCUCGGGGAACGAGGAAAAUGUGACGUGAGAGACUGACCUUCGGCGGGUCCUUCGACGAAGUGCGAGACGCAGUCAGUACUAACGCGUGGGUCAUCCUGAGGAGUCCUGAUCGUCGAGCGAUGAGGAGGUUCCUGUCGACGGCAGCGGUCCGCUGCUGGCUCCUGGUGGCGCUCGGUGUCGCCCAGGUCGCCGGGCAAUUAUUGGACGGGGAGUUCCAGCCGACGGUGACGGCGACGUGCAAGGGCGGCUACAUGACGAUACGCGUGAAUCUCAAUCAGAGUUUCGUAGGCGCAGUCCACGCUCGGGAUCAUCGAACCCCGCAGUGCAUGGUAUCCGGCAACGGCACCACGCACGCCACUCUGGGCAUCAACCUGUACGCGUCGCAGGACAGUCCGGAGUACUGCGGAGUCCUCGUGAACAACCACACGGAAGAACGUUCCAUUCCCAUUGCUGUUAGAAUACAUAAAACUCUGGAGCUGGCGGAUGACAAGUUUUAUGUCAUAACGUGCGGAAAAGCGGGCUUCAAAAAUGCCAAAAAUGAAACUUCGCUGGUGUCCUUGCGCCUUCUGGACGAAGGUGUCAGAGUACAAGAAGCUAUAUACGGUCACAACUACACUUUGCGAGCCGAGAUUUCACGCCCAGACGGAAUGUAUGGGAUUCGAGUCAAGAACUGCUUCGCAUUCAACAAGCUCAAUUCCAGUGUGCAGCUUAUAGACGAAAAGGGUAACUGUCCUGUGAAAGUUCGAAUGACGAAAUUCAUAUACGAUCGAAGCAGCGGUACGGCGGAUGCCACAUUGUUCUCGAUGUUCCGGUUUGCCGACAGUUCAGAGGUGCAUUUCCAAUGCGACAUCGCCGUGUGCAGAGGAAGCUGCGGUACUCCUGUAUGCGAAGGAGACAAAGAGGACCUAAUAAAGGGUGGCUCCUCCACUGGACAAAAUGUUAAUGGCGAAGAAGGAGUGCUACUUGCUGGAACAAGCGUUUUUGUUCUCCAACCAGGCGAAAAACGAGUUGUACAAACAUUGUACGAUGACGGCAGCGUGCACCCGCUCUGGCUUCUGUGGUUGGCGGUGGCGCUCGGGAUAUUAUUCCUCAUCAUGCUCAUCAUCAACAUAUUCCUAUGUUCGGCAAUGACCUGCAGCUGCACCCGCACCGACAUCAUCGAGAAGGAGCCGUCAAUCAUCGAGGAUUAUGAUCCGUACCGCAGCUGGCACGGCUCUCAAUACGGGUCGAGGUAUUCGUUAAACGGAAAGCAAGGCUACGCCUCCGGAGGAUCUACCAUGAAUUCCACGAGGUCGAUAUCGACGAACAGCGAUCACUACGCGAUAGUGCAUUCUCGGCCAGGAAGCAGAUACUCCGGUCCUGGACAAAAGCAUCAUCAUCAUCACAGAGGACCGCCGUCCAACAUCGGUUCGCACUACUCCGGGAAGUGACGUUUCCGUUUAGCUUCAUUUAUCAAAAAAAUUAUAGAACUCCAUUGUCUUCAUUAACGUUACUUUAAUUAAACACGAAGUUUACGCGCCGCUAGUGGCAUUAUUCCAACACGCACGAAUGACAAGAAUUCAAUUUAAACGUAAAAUAUCAAGAGAGAAACAAUUUUUAAAUCAUUUUUAUACUCUUUAGCAUUCGGUCGUAUCGAACGAUAUAUUAGCACCUUCUUGAUCAUUUGAUAGAUAGAUGUAAGUCGCCGAUUAUCAUAUUUACUGCGAUAAAUUAUAAAAAUUGGAAAAUUGUUAUAACAUAAAUAAUCGGUUAUUUAAAAAAUUGGCAUAGUACAUAAUAGUCUGUCCAUGAUUGAUAAAGCAUAUAAAUUUCAUGUAACGCAACAUAAUACAAAUAAUACGUCAAGAGAGUGUUAAUAUAUAGAUAUCUAGCGUGUAUGUGAGAUGAAUGCUAAUUUUCAUAUCUUGCGACAAUCUGAAAUUUUCCAUCUAUAAAAAAUGAAUAUAAUUAUAAAACACAGAUAUAUCUUUUCGAUUUCUUUACAAGAAAAUUCUUAUUUUUUUUUACUCUUGCACUUGUUAAUAGAAUCAAUGACAAUAAGCAAUCGGAACAUGUAAUCGAAAAAUGUGGAUCAAAUAUAUUAAUGAGAUAAAUUUUUCUACGGAUAAGCGCGAUAUAAAAUUAUCUACACAUCGGUAUUUUUAUAUUUAGCAUCAUUCGUGAAAUAAUUCUCGACUGCGUAUAUGUAUCAUAAUAUAUAUAAUAGUCAUAAGCAUAGAAACUAGCAUUUACAAAACUGCGCAAUAUUGAUCCUAAUUAAGAGAUAUACUAGUUAAAUGCUUUUUGUACAUAAAUUCAUUAAUCUAAAAAUA